GAGAAGAAUAGGAAACUGCUUGCUCCCACUGGGCAAUGAGUGCAAUGCCAGAGAGAUGCCACUGACAUUGCCCAGAGCUCAGUGCAGCUGUGAGGAGAGCGGGAGAGAAAGGACGGUGAAGGAGGGUGUGUGAGCAUCACAGCUAGCGAGCAAGAGAAAAGGAGGGGAAUUCAUGUGGAGGAGGGGUUUUGUUAGGAGUGAGAGAGCUUAAAAGAGAUGGGGCGAAAAAGCAAGAGAGAGAGAGAGAGAGAGACUGUGUGUGUGCAUGUGUGAGGGAGGAAGAUGCUGUUGCCAGGGAACAGCAGUGAAGUAGAAAUGCCCAUUUUUUCCAGCUCACAGGAGGAUGAAAACACGUUAAAUCAUGGAUGCAAAAUGGACUGAAAGUGAGGAGAAGGAAAACAUCUGAUCCUGACGUAGCUGAAAAGAAUCAAAGAGAAGGGAUCUGACUGGCAGAGGAGACAGAAAAGAUGAGAGCACGAUGGCGUUUGCUGUGUGAUGACCCCGACUUUCCUUGCCAUUCUCCUCUCCACAGGAGGACAGGAUUUCUCUCUCAGCCCCCAUUCGCAGUAUCAGUAAACGGCAGGAAUCAUCCAGCAGCCCGGGUCCUGAACACACAAGUGUCCCACCUGCAGAUGUAAACAGUGAUGACCCUCACUCUGUUCAGGUAGAUUUAAGAAGAAGGAAAAGAAAGAGGAACAUCUGAAGGCAAAACAGGGAGGACUUCAAAACGGCAGAGAGGAAGUCGUCCUAUUUGUAGUAUUGAGCUGAAGCCCGUCCUCCCUGGCAGAGGAUGGGUACAGCAGAAGCCACUUUACGCAUGGACAGCAUGGAGGUUAAGGACGAGUGGCAGGAUGAGGACUUCCCCAGGCCACUACCAGAGGAUGGAGAUGUUGAUUCAUCAUGUGGCCUCACUGACAACAGAACCAAUCCUCCCACCACUCUGAAUGUGGGCCAGUCCAUGGUCCAGCGUAAGCGUCGCACUCUGGUCGCCCCUGACAUGAACCUCUCCCUGGAUCAGAGCGAGGGGUCGGUGCUCUCUGAUGACUUCCUUGAAACGCCCGAUGACCUGGACAUCAACGUAGAUGACAUUGAGACUCCUGAUGAGACAGACUCGCUGGAAUUCAUCAACAAUGGCAACGAGCUGGAGUGGGAAGAUGACACUCCUGUCGCCACUGCCAAGCGUCUUCCAGGUGAAGGUGAAGAGGAGAGAGACUCAUCUGGUCGUCUGUGGCGAACAGUGAUCAUCGGUGACCAGGAGCAGCGGAUUGACAUGCAGGUCAUCAGACCGUACCUGAGAGUGGUCACACAUGGAGGUUAUUAUGGUGAGGGUCUGAAUGCCAUCAUCGUGUUUGCAGCCUGCUACCUUCCUGACAGCGGCUGCGAGGACUACACAUACAUCAUGGAGAAUCUCUUCCUGUACGUUGUGAGCAGCCUCGAGCUGCUGGUGGCAGAAGAUUACAUGAUUGUUUACCUAAACGGAGCAACGCCGCGCAGGAAGAUGCCUGGCAUCAGCUGGCUGAAGAGAUGCUACCAGAUGAUUGACAGGAAACUGAGGAAGAAUCUAAAGUGUCUCAUUAUCGCUCACCCAACAUGGUUCAUCAGGACCGUCCUGGCUAUCUCCAGACCUUUCAUCAGUGUGAAGUUCAUGGAUAAGAUCCGUUACGUUCACACCCUGGAGGAACUCAGCCAGAUCAUCCCCAUGGAGCAUGUGCAGAUCCCAGAGUGUGUGUUGCAGUAUGAUGACGAGAAAGUAAGAGCACAAAGGGAAAGACUUGAGCAAGAGCAGCAGCAGACCAACUCAACAAUGCCUAAAGAAAGGCCAAAGUCAAUGAUAGCAGAUGUUAGCCGUGACAUCUGACAUUAAGGGCUUUACAUUGAAGAACCAACAGGGGAGAAUUCAUAGGAUAGACCACCAUCACACACUUUUUGCACAGGAUUAAACCUCCUGACUGGAUCCACUCGCUGCAAGACAAUCUUUACUCAGAAACAUUAUCUUCAGUGACAUGCUUGCUUCUAACUAAAAGUUAAUAUUACACCAAAGCAUUACAAGAUAUAGCUAAAUCAAAAAGUGUCUGCUCGUGCAUGAGCUUUAUCUACAGCAUGACUCCAACUAUUUAAAUAAAAAACUGAGGACGUUUUAGGAUGAACCCUGAAGCAUCGUCCGACAGAGCCGGGAAUAUCAUUCAACGUGUUCAUGCUUGUGUAUAUAUUUUUGAGAAAGGUGUUUACACAGAUAUUUGGUUUUUGAUAUGAAUGGCAUGGGUAUUGUUUGGUUUCGAUGGCUGUUUCCUGAAAGAUAAUGUGCAAUGUUCUUCUUAGACCUACAGUACAUGUUACUGAUGCAAAACGUGUGUUACAGUAUUCAAGUUUUCCAGAGUUUGAUAUGCAGGUGGCAUGCUUGUUUAUAUCCUUCUGUCUCUGUGACACUUGUUAUUGUCCGUUUUUUAAGUCAUUUGCCAUCAUGUUUCAAAAGGUCCUUUUACAAGACGGAAAGCAUAUGUUGUUAUAAAUGAAAUUAAAUAUAUUUAAAGAGAGACAAAUUAAUUGCUAAAAGUGUUAUUUAUGAAAUUGUGCCAUUUAAUGUUUGUAAAAAAUAAAUAAAUAAAAAAAUAAAUGAGUGAACUAAAA